AUGCUCCGACCUCACGCUCAGGAUCGACAACCUGGGGAACUCCCCAGCCUCAGAGAUCGAGUCGAAGACCUGUUUCACAAGGCAUUUUGGGAUGAGGCACUCGAGAAACUGUCGGACCCUACACCAGCCGUCCAGCUGCCUCGUCUCAAGCGACUAUACGAGGAUCUGCACACAGCACUACAGCCUCUUCUUCCUGUAAAUCACCCAUUACUCAUCGUCCUGUCCUCUCCCCUAUCGCCCACCUCCUCGCCUCUUCGCUCCGCUAUCACUCACCUCCGAGAGACACUCACAUGUCUACGAGAGCGAUGCGCUCCCGCACGAGAUGCACAAAUAGAAACGUUAAUCCGCCAUAUAGGCGACCUAUCGUCCAUCGCUCCAGGAGAGGACACGGCGAGGCUGGUCGUAGACACGAUUCGAUCCACCCUCCAGCUGUCCGAAGCGAUGAAGGACGACCUAUCCCAGUUCGUACUCGGCACAAUGGAUGAGAAGCAAUUGCGAGCCGUGAUUAUUGUGCAGGCGCAGCAGCGGGAACGAGAGCUUGUACUUGAGCUAUGGCGCCCGGAGCAAAUACAAGAAUCAUGGGCGAAAUGGCUUGUAGAGAAUGCGAGCUCACAGACCAUAGGUGAACACCCUGCUCGCCGCAUGUGGGUAUAUCGGCUGGUACAUGCACUGGGCCUGUUUACACCAGUAUCGUGUCCUCUUCCCACCACGCCCAUCCCCGCUUCUGCCGAGCCAACUGAGAAAGCACCGGUCUCCAACAUGCUCCCGCCAUCAUUCUUCUUCGUCUGCCCCACCCUUCUAUACCUGCAGAACUACCUUCAAGCACUCGUCAUCGCCGCAUCCCUCCGUUCCCUCGUGCGUCUGCCGUCCGUCCACGCAGCAAGCCUCGAUUCAGCGGCAGGCGGCGACGACAGCGGCGACGGGCGCACGUUUAUGUCACGUAUCUGGACGCUCCUGAAGGCGGAGGUCGAUAUGGAGCCUGGCGCUGGUGAUACCAAGCUCGUGAACCUUGCAGACGAGGUCGUACGCGUGCGCCGUCAGUUCGGCGGUGCAGACAUAGAUGUGGAAGAGGAGGCGCGACUGCGCGCCGCGGUCGAUCGUACGCUACAGCCGCACGACCCGGUGUUCCGGCUACUGCAGGGGCGACUCAUGCAGGCCGUGGCCGAGCGUGUGGCACGCCCGCUGGAUGUGCCUUCACGCGCGGGCGGGGCGCGCUUGCCGGAGAGGCUACAGACGGGGCGGGAACAUUCGGGCAAGCGGCCGAGGCUCUCAGCGGAAAUGGGACCGAUAGAGGACUCGGCGAAAGCCAACGAGCCGCCGCUGGCGGUGAAAGGGUUCGAGGAUAACGUACUUGUGAAGGCGCUCCAGGAAGCCUUAGUAAAGCUGAGGUCCUGUGUGGGCUGGACGGAAGAGAUCUGGCAAGACUUGAUCGAAGACGGGAGCUUGCACAUCCGCGCGGACCAAUGA